AUGUCGUAUCCCACAAAGGAGUUUUCUCCUUUAAAGCUUGAGGACUACCGGAGAGUGAUGAUGGAUAGAUUAAGCGAGGAGGAGUUGUUUACCACUGCCCAUAUAGCUAAUUGCAUGAAAAAAGGUUCACAUACGCAAAUACCAUUCAUGGCUCAAAAUAUCCCCGGGAGAGAGAGUUUCUUCAAGCUAGAAAAAAUCUUUCAGGUUCAUAAAUGCGUUGCUGGCGGAGGGAAAGCGUUGCUAAUGGCCUUAACCGGAGUGCUAAAUGCUCGGUAA